AAGAAUAAAUCAAUUAUUCUUGACAUAUAUACUUUGUUAUGCAAUAUGACCAAGACAGCUACUACACCAACCAAUUGCUCCUCCACCACUCUAUUUGAGCUUCUCAACGAAAUGAAGAAGCAACCCUACACAGAAGCAGUAGUAACAUUCCCAGCAAAAUCUCCAUCCCAAUUCUCCUCAGAAUGCUGGUUCGACGAUGCAUGCAUCUUGGACAUGGAUUACUUCGUGAAGACCCUUGCUGGCAUCAAGGCAAAGGGAGUUCGUGCAGAUUUGAUAGGUUCCAUAAUCACACACUAUGCCUCCAAAUGGCUCCCUGAUCUCUCCGCAAGUGACAUUGCUGAAAAGGGUCUCACCCAAUUCGAGGAAUCACCUGAGAGUGUGACAGCUUCAUGGAUGAAGAAGAGGUUUUUCGUGGAAACCUUGGUGGGUGUUUUGCCUCCCGAGAAAGAUGCAAUUCCAUGCAACUUCCUCCUCAGGCUUCUGAGAACUGCCAACAUGGUUGGAGUUGAGGGGACUUAUAGGCAAGAGCUUGAGAAGCGCAUUUCAUGGCAGUUAGAUCAAGCAUCGUUGAACGAGCUGGUGAUUCCCUCCUUCAGCCACACUUGUGGGACAUUGUUGGAUGUUGAGUUGGUGACUAGGCUUGUUCAGAGGUUUGUCAGUUUGGACCUUGAGGGUGCUAAGAGUGGUGCUGCUUUGGUUAAGGUGGCCAAGUUGGUUGAUUGCUACCUCGCUGAAGCUGCUGUGGAUGCCAAUUUGAGUUUGGCUGAGUUCGUUACUCUUGCCGGAGUACUUCCAAGCCAUUCAAGAGCAACCGAUGAUGGGUUGUACAGAGCCAUUGAUACUUAUCUCAAAGCACAUCCAAACGUGUCGAAGCAAGAAAGAAAGGGUCUGUGUAGACUAAUCGAUAGCCGGAAGCUAACAGCAGAGGCAUCACUUCAUGCAGCACAAAACGAAAGGUUCCCAGUGAGAGCAGUGAUUCAAGUGCUACUCUCAGAGCAGAACAAACUGAACCGCCACGUGGAUUGGAGUGGGUCGUUGAUGAGUGGCACAAGAAGCCCCAAUGGAGGGUUCGAUUUACCCGCACGUUGUCUCUCGAAACGUGAGAUAAACGCUCAACAGUCAGAGAUAAGGAAGCUGAAGGAUGACUUGUACAGGUUGCAAAGCCAGUGCAAUGCCAUGCAGGCGCAGAUGGAGAGAAUGGUGGAGAAGAAGAAGGGUUUCUUCAAGUGGAAGCGAUUUGGGUUUGGGAAGAUUGAGCAGAGUGUGACUGUGUUGGACAAAAUGGAACAUGAAGAUGAUGAUGGGUUUGGAAAUGGAGGGUUCACUCCUGCGGAUAUGAAAACCAGGUUGGUCAACGUCAAAGGUUGUAGGAAUCCCCACAAGUGGAGGAAAUCCAUGUCAUGAAACCAUGUUUGUUGCAUUCACCAAGUUGAAUUCAUCCAGUUUGUGUAGAAUUAGACUUGCAUGAAAUCAAUUAUUGUUGUAGGAUCAGUUAUUGUAUUUGGAAUAAAGUCAAUAAAGAUGUGGGAAUGCCCUCAUUAAUAAUGUAUGUAUGAAUGUAUGGUAGCCUCAAGUUGUAAUGUUUUUUAAAUUUUGAGUCUGUCUAUUUAGCCAUUAUGAAGGAGAAUG